UUAGGAUAGCCACAGAGGCAGAGUCCAGACAGAGGGAGUGAAAAUGGCGUCUCCUCCGAGUCUCAGAGGAAUAGCAACGGUGAUCUUGGUCUUGAUCUCGAUCAUCACGAUGAACGGAGAAUCGGAGUCCCACGAACUCCGGCCGUCGGAACACGGUCUGGAGUACCAGAAUUCGGCGCAGGCGGGAGAUACCAAGCCGCCGCCGGAGAUGAAGUCGUUUUUCGGGGAACCGUCGGCCUCUUCCUACGUGGCAAUGCCGAAGGCCAUGAAUUCGAACUCCACCGACGACACGUCUUGGUGGGGCAACGUCGGAUUCGGCCGCGGCCGCGACGGUCACAAAGAUCGCGAGCGGAACGUGCUGCUGGUGGCGAGCGUGGCGUGUGGCGUCACAGGUGUCGCUCUGUUAAUGGUCUCCGCUCUGCUCUAUAUCUUCAAGUUCCAAAGACGAAGAUCACCCACCCCAGCACCACCGCCUCCGCCACCACUAUCACUGCCGCCGCCGCCGCAAUCCUCGCACGAUGAUAACGACAACAAGUUGCAAAUCGUGGUUCGUGAUUAAUUCUUGCUUUUUCUUGCGUUUUAUAUGUCUUUGUCCCACUUUCUGUAAAGUGAAAGACGUAUAAUAACGCAGAGGAAAAUCUGCCCACCUUUACUUUCUCUUAUAUAUAUAUAAUUUAUAUUUUUGUGGUUUUUUUUUUUUUUUUUUUGAAUGUUUAUUCUUGUUUGGUAAAAGCUAAGGGAAAUAUGAGAAAAUAAUUUUUUUUCUUUCUAAUA